AUGUAACGGUGCAGAAUGAAAGGAUUGACGGUUACCUGUCUGGCUUGAUAACAUGACAGGAGUUCGCCAGAGCUUGUUGAUGCUAUGUUUUCAGCUUUCGUGAAUUGGUUUUCAAGAUUUUCAUGGAGUUGAAGAAAUAUAUAAUUGGUCUGAGCAUGAAACGCAAAUUUGAACACCAUCCGUGCGACAUUUAUUGAUGCAAAAGUAACCAAAAGGCGUAUGUACAUUCUACAUUGUAUAAAAAUGGUCAAUGCGUUCAAGAAAAUGGAAUUUAAUGCCUUAACUAUUGCGUCUCAAAAUGGCGACGAAAAGGAGGUAGAUAUUCUUAUAAAAGCAGGAACAGACAUAAAUUAUGUGGAAGAUGAUGGAUGGAAUGCCUUAAUGGUUGCAUCUGAAAAUGGACACGACAAGGUUGUAGAUAUUCUUAUUAAAGCAGGAGCAGACAUAAACUAUGUAAAACAAAAUGGAUAUAAUGCCUUAAUGAUUGCAUCUCAAAAUGGACACAACAAGGUGGUAGAUAUUCUUAUUAAAGCAGGAGCAGACAUAAAUCACGUGGAAGAUGAUGGAUUGAAUGCUUUAAUGAUUGCAUCUCAAAAUGGACAUGACAAGACUAUAGAAAUUCUUAUUAAAGUAGGAGCAGACAUAAAAUAUGUAAAACAAGUGGUAGAUAUUCUUAUUAAAGAAGGAGCAGACGUAAAUCACGUGAAAGAUGAUGGAUGGAAUGCCUUAAUGUUUUCAUCUCAAAAUGGACACAACAAGGUGGUAGAUAGUCUUAUUAAAGCAGGAGCAAACAUAAACUGUGUAAAACAAAAUGAAUAUAAUGCCUUAACGAUAGCAUCUCAAAACGGACACGACAAUGUGGUAGAUAUUCUUAUUAAAGCAGGAGCUGACUUAAAUCAUGUGGACGAUUAUGGAUUGAAUGCCUUAAUGAUUGCAUCUCAAAAUGGACACGACAAGGUGGUAGAUAUUCUUACUAAAGCAAGAGCUGACUUAAAUCAUCUGGAGAAUAAUGGAUUUAAUGCCUUAAUGAUUGCAUCUCAAAAUGGACAUGACAAGGUGGUAGAUAUUUUUAUUAAAGCAGGAGCAGACUUAAAUCAUGUGAGAGAUGAUGGAUUUAAUGCCUUAAUGACUGCAUCUGAACAUGGACACGACAAGGUGGUAGAUAUUCUUACUAAAGCAGGAGCUGACUUAAAUCAUGUGAGAGAUGAUGGAUGGAAUGACUUAAUGAUUGCAUCUCAAAAUGGACACGACAAGGUGGUAGAUAUUCUUAUUAAAGCAGGAGCAGACUUAAAUCAUCUGGAGAAUAAUGGAUGGAAUGCCUUAAUGAUUGCAUCUCAAAAUGGACACGACAAGGUGGUAGAUAUUUUCAUUAAAGCAGGAGCAGACUUAAAUCAUGUGAGAGAUAAUGGAUUUAAUGCCUUAAUGAUUGCAUCUCAAAAUGGAAACGACAAGGUGGUAGUUAAUCUUAUUAAAGCUGGAGCAGACAUAAAUCAAUUACAACAAAAUGGAUAUAAUGCCUUAAUGAUUGCAUCUGUAAAAGGACACGAGAAGGUGCUUGAUAUUCUUAUUAAAGCUGGAACAGACAUAAAUCAUGUGGAAAAAUAUGGAUGUAAUGCCUUAAUGAUUGCAUCUAAAAAUGGACACGAUAAGGUUGUAGAUAUUCUUUUAAAAGCAGGAGCAGACAUAAAUAAUGUGGCAUGUAAUGGAUGGAAUGCCCUAAUGAUUGCAUCUCAAAAUGAAAACGACAAGGUGGUAGUUAAUCUUAUUAAAGCUGGAGCAGACAUAAAUCAAUUACAACAAAAUGGAUGUAAUGCCUUAAUAAUUGCAUCUGUAAAAGGACACGAGAAGGUGGUUGAUAUCCUUAUUAAAGCAGGAGCUAACUUAAAUCAUUUGGAGAAUAGUGGAUGGAAUGCCUUAAUGAUUGCAUCUCAAAAUGGACACGACAAGGUGGUAGAUAUUUUUAUUAAAGCAGGAGCAGACAUAAAUAAUGUGCAACAUAAUGGAUGUAAUGCCUUAAUGAUUGCAUCUCAAAAAGGACACGACAAGGUGGUAGUUUAUCUUAUUAAAGCCGGAGCAGACAUAAAUAAUGUGCAACAUAAUGGAAGUAAUGCCUUAAUGAUUGCAUCUAAAAAUGGGCACGACAAGGUGGUAGAUAUUCUAAUUGAAGCAGGAUCAGACAUAAAUUCUUUACAAAAACAUAAAUGGAACGCAUUAAUGUUUGCAUCUGUAAAUGGACACGAUAAGGUAGUAGAUAUUCUAAUUGAGGCUGGAGCAGACAUAAACUCUGUAAACGAAAAUGGGUAUAAUGCGUUAAUGAUUGCAUCUGAAGAUGGACAUGACAAGGUGGUAGAUAUUCUUGUUAAAGCAGGAGCAGACAUAAAUCGUGUGGGAAAAUAUGGAUGGAAUGCCUUAAUAAUUGCAUCACGAAAAGGGCACGACAAAUUGGUAAAUAUUCUAAUUAAAGCAAAGGCAGACAUAAACUAUGUAAAACAAAAUGGAUUUAAUACCUUAAUGAUUGCAUCUCCAAAUGGUCAGCACAAGAUGAUAGAUACUAUUGUUAACGGGGGAGCAGACAUAAACAAUGCAAAUGCAAUUGCUCUUGACACUUCAUUUUUAGGUGAUCGAAAAAUCUAUACUAAAGAUUGCCUCAAUACGUUAAGCUUAAAAACUACUCUAUUGUUGGAAUUAAUCGAUGUGUGUUUUCGAGCAUUUGAAAAUAAACACAAACAUGUUGUUGAUGCGUUAUCUUCAAUGCACUUUAUAAUUUCCGAUAAAACGACUUCGACAACGUUGUUUCAUUUUUUUAUAUCUAUAUUUAAAAAAGCACUAAAACGAGAUACACAAAACGACACCAAAAACGAACUGAGCGACUCAACCGUCAGUGAACAAAACGACGCAGAUGACAGCAACUUUAAAAGAUCCAUCGAUUGCUAUAUAAAGACUGUUCUUCUAUCUCACAACAAUCAGAGAACAAACUAUUAUGAAUUAAAGGAGUUUGUUUCUGAUGUUAUGUCAGAGUUUUUGAACAUGAGAGACUUUGACGCUUUACAUUUCUUCAUUUGUCAGAGGUGUUUGAGGACAAUUUACUCUGCACUAAAUGCAGAAGAUAAACUGAAGUUUUUCACACUACUCUUAGAUCUUAACUAUGCGGGUAAUUUAGUUUUACAGCUUGUAGUCUUAUUUUAGUAUAAGC